ACUCAAUUAUAAAUCGACAAUCCGUCACGGUGGUACCAUUCAAAACAAAGCGUUUUGAUCGGUGAGUACCUUUACAAAAUGCUUUUGCUAAUUGUGGUCGCCACUUGGCUGCUUGGUGGUACCGAAUCCGGUAUUCUCUACCCUCGAGCAUCCGAAAGUCGACAACUAGUCAGUCUAGACGGCCUCUGGAGUUUUGCUUUAACCAACGACACUAACCCUUUCCGUGGCCACAACGAGAAAUGGUACGACAUCGACUUUAGAGCGUCAGACGACAUAACCAUCCAGAAAAUGGCGGUACCAUCGAGCUACAACGACGUAGGUACUAGUAGUGACCUUAGAGACCAUGUAGGACCCGUUUGGUACCAACGCAAAUUUUUCAUACCGGCGUCGUGGGACGGACUAAAGGUUUGGAUUAGGUUUGCGUCAGUGUGUCGAGGAGCCGAAGUCUGGGUUAAUGGCAAAUUAGCUACCACGCACGACAUCGGUCACUUGCCAUUCCAAGCCGACAUAUCAACUAUCGUUGUGUAUGGUGAAGAAAACACAAUUACAGUAGCUGUUGAUAACACUUUACUUGAAGCGACGAUUCCUCAGGGUACUGUUACAACUCUAGAAAGUGGACGAGUCAAACAAACCUACACUUUUGAUUUUUUUAACUACGCGGGGAUUGAUCGUCCGGUCGUACUUUACACAACUCCACAAACUUACAUAGACGAUGUAACAGUUACAACCGACAUUGAUGGUACCAACGGUUUAAUAAACUAUUCAGUGGUUGUCGAAGGUAGCGACACCGUCACUGCAAGAGUCACCCUUUUCGAUAAAACAGGUACCGAAGUAGUCUCCGACGCGGUACUACAAGGUACUCUCACCGUCCAAAACGCCAGCUUGUGGUGGCCUUACCUCAUGGACCCCAACCCGGGUUACCUGUACACCCUCCAAAUCCAACUUAUCGAUCCUUCUGGUACUCUCAUCGACAAGUACUCGCUACCCAUCGGUAUCCGUACCAUCACUUGGGACUCCAAAAGUGUGAAAAUCAACGAUAAACCCAUCUACUUGCGUGGUUUUGGUCGCCACGAAGACUCUGACAUUAGAGGUAAAGGUUUAGAUUUGCCUUUGAUCAUUCGGGACUACAACCUAAUCCAAUGGAUCGGAGCUAAUUCGUACCGUACCUCCCACUAUCCGUACGCCGAAGAAAUCAUGGAUUUGGCAGACGAGUUAGGGAUUAUGAUCAUAGAUGAAAGUCCAGCUGUCAAUACCGAAAACUUCACGAGUGAAUUACUCGAGAACCAUAAAAAAUCGCUGACUGAAAUGAUCCAGAGGGACAAAAACCGACCCGCAGUUAUAAUUUGGUCGGCUUCGAACGAACCCAGGACGCAGUACCAAGAGUCCGAGGACUACUACAGGCAGAUAGUCGCACACAUCAAGAGCUUGGAUAGUACUCGUCCUGUGACGGUUGACAACUUCCAGCAACCUGACGACGACCAUUCUGGGCAGUUUUUGGAUAUAGCGUCUUGUAAUGUGUACCAUGGGUGGUACUUUGAGCCCGGAGAUCUCGAUAUUGUUAUUAAUGAAGUUACGAAAGUGGCACGAAGGUGGAACGAACUUCACAAUAUACCAGUUAUUAUAGCCGAGUAUGGUGCUGAUACUUUAGAAGGGUACCAUUCGGUACCGAACUUCAUGUGGUCAGAGGAGUUCCAAGAAGCUAUACUUAGUAAGUACUUCCAGGCUUUCGACGAAAUGAGGGAGGAAGGUUUUUUCAUUGGUGAAAUGAUUUGGAAUUUCACUGAUUUCAACACGGAUCAAACUUUUAUGCGCGUCGGAGGGAAUAAGAAGGGCAUAUUUACUAGGAACAGGCAACCAAAAGGUGGUGCUCACUUCCUGAGGAAGCGCUAUUGGGCUUUGGCACAAUAUUUAGAUAACGCUGAAGUACCUGACGAUCUUGAGGACUACAUUUUUGGAAGCGGUACUGCAAGAGAUGAACUAUGAAAGAUAGUACUUUACACAAUGUUUAUUUUUAAAUGUGGUUCUUGUUCUUUGUAUUUCCAUGGUGGGAAUUGACAAAUAACAAUUAAUUUUGUCAAAAAUCAUUAAAUUGGCUUUUUGGACCUGA